AUGGUACAAUGCGAUAAAUGCGAUAAGUGGUAUCAUUUCACAUGUGUAAAGGUGACUUCAGAGAUCGAGAAGGAGGACUGGAUAUGUCAAGAAUGUUUCAACAAUCAUGAUGAGGACGGCAAAUCCAUAAGAUCUAAGGCUCAAACGAAGGGAUCAUCAUCUAAAUGUUCAAGACGACAUCGCCAUAAUUUGGCACUUCAACGACUGGAAGAAGAAAAAGAACUGUCAGACAAGAGAGAGAAAGAAGCGCAUCAACGUCAAGCAAAGUUAGAUAAAGAAUAUCUAGAUAAACGUUUCGAACUCUUAAUGAAUUUCAGCAGCGAGUCGGAGGCAGAAGAUGACGCUGUAGAAACACAGAUAAUGGCAAAAGAACGUGUUACUGAUUGGUUGGAAAAAGAACCAAAAGCUGCAAAUGAAAAGCAAAAUGACAAAGGGGUAAUGAAAUUGCCACAACCUGCGCGUACUGCAACUCAACUGAGCAUGGAAUUCCACCACGAAGUAAUCAAAUGUCAGAAGCCACAACCUCUGCAAACAUCGCUCGCGAACUCAAACCAGAAUAGUGGAGAUUAUAAUGCCGGCCGUUCUUACGAACAAUGCCAUAACAACGAAUCUCAACGUCAACAUCUGAGACAACGAGAAAACAAUCAUCUCAAUCCUUCAGGGAAUCACUAUUUUGAACCAAAUCUUCCAACUGCCUACCAACUUGCCGCCAGACAAUCACUUCCAAAUGAACUACCUAUAUUCACUGGACGUUCUGAAGAAUGGCCCAUCUUUAUCACCAUGUUCGAAGGCACAACGCUCUCAUGCGGUUUCAAUCAGGUUGAAAAUCUUUUGCGUUUGCAAAAAUGCCUGAAAGGCAACGCAUAUGAAGCCGUCCGCAGUAGACUGACACAACCAAAAAAUGUUCCUAGAAUAAUCGAGACCCUCAAGGAGACUUAUGGCAGACCCGAAGUAGUUUUAGACUCACUCAUAAUAAGAGUGCAGAAUGAGCCAGCCCCAAGAGCCGAUAAACUGGAGUCUAUCAUCCCAUUUGCCUUAGCUGUCGAUAACAUAUGUUCAACAAUGGAAGCCUGUGACAUGUUCGAUCAUUUGUACAACCCAUCAGUGUUGCGUGCCCUCGUCGAGAAACUCCCACCCACAAUAAAACUACAAUGGGCAUCACAUAUGGAAUCUCUACGCGAUGUUAAUCUCAUCACAUUUGGUGACUGGCUAACAAAACUCUCCAGAACUAUAAACCGCGUCACAUUCACAAGUCCUAAUGUAAAUACCAAGGCAGAAAGACGGGGUGAAAAAGGUCAUGUCAACAUACACAACGAAGAGAAGUCGCAGAAAAUAAAAACUUGUCGUAUAUGCCAACAGCAAUGUAACAAAAUUGAAAGCUGCCAACAAUUUAACACCAUGACUCUGAAUGAGAAGUGGAAUGCUGUGAAACAAAACAACCUUUGCAGAACGUGCUUGCAUUUCCACCCGAAAUCAAGAUGCUCAGUGAACUCUAAAUGCGGAGUCAACGGCUGCUAUUUCCGCCACCAUAAGCUACUUCACAACCCAAAGAACGAUGCAUCCUCAGUAGCACAAUGCAAUGCUCAUCAAAACAAGGCAACUUCAGUUCUGUUCCGCGUCCUUCCAAUCAUUAUCCAUGGGCAAAACGGCAAAGUCAAAGUUUAUGCCUUUCUUGACGAAGGGUCUUCGCUUUCAUUGAUGGAUGACGCACUCCAGAAAGAAUUAGGAAUCCAUGGACAAGCAGAUCCACUUUGCCUCAAAUGGACUGGCAAUACGCACCGUAUGGAAAAGGACUCAAAGAUCGUAUCCUUGAGUGUGUCUGGGAUGAACAGCACGAAGAAAUAUCGUUUAAAUAACAUCCAUACUGUAAAGUCGCUUGACCUACCAGUUCAGACAAUCUGCAUGGACAACUUGGUAAAACGUUAUCCGUAUUUGAAAGGAAUCCCGAUCGAACCUUAUGAGCAGGCAACACCUAGGAUCUUAAUUGGCCUCGACAAUGCCAACUUAGGAUUACCACUGAAAUUCAAGGAUGGUGGGCGCAACGACCCACUGGCUACGAAGACUCGUCUGGGCUGGGUUGUCUAUGGUCCCUACGAAAACGAAACCAGUACUAAACUGCCACCAAAGGUCGACAAUCACACCCAUGAGAGCUUCCACCAUUGCGAAUGUGAACAAAGCACAAACAUCAAACUCAGCGAUAUGCUCAAAGAUUUCUUUUCAUUGGAGAGUCUUGGAAUAGUUCCAGUUCAACCUCAAACAGCAAUGUCAAAUGAAGACAAACGAGCCCUUCAUAUCCUGGAGUCAGAAACCAAACGUGUGAACAACCACUUCGAAACAUCGUUGCUCUGGAAGUACGAUCACGUGCAACUUCCCAAUAGUCGGCCAAUGGCAAUUCGUCGAUUUGAAUGCCUACAAAAGAAAUUAAGACGUGAACCGUCAUUGAGAGAGAAUUUAAAACACCAAAUUAACGACUACCUUUCUAAAGGAUACAUUCGGAAGCUGACCCCAGAAGAACUACACGAAGAUCAUUCCCGCAUUUGGUAUCUGCCUAUCUUCCCAGUCACGAACCCUAACAAACCGGGAAAGAUAAGGCUAGUCUGGGACGCGGCAGCCCAGGUUAACGGAGUUUCGUUGAACUCGGUUCUACUCAAAGGACCUGACCAGCUGACUUCAUUGAUGGGAGUCCUCUACCGCUUCAGAGAAAGAAAAUUUGCCAUAUGUGGUGAUAUUCGUGAGAUGUAUCAUCAAGUUCUCAUCAGAAAUGAAGACCAACAUGCCCAACGAUUCUUGUGGUCCCAAGACGAUUCCCAAUACGAGCCAGAUACUUAUGUCAUGCAGGUAAUGACAUUUGGUGCAACAUGCUCUCCUUCCUCUGCACAGUACGUAAAGAAUAAGAACGCUUUAGAGUUCCAAGAAGCUUAUCCGAGAGCUGUAAGAUGCAUCACAACAAAUCAUUAUGUUGACGACUUGCUCGAAAGUGUUGAUACGGAGGCCGAAGCACUUCAAUUGGCAACUGAUGUUUCGAUGAUUCAUAAACACGGUGGCUUCGAAAUCGGCAAAUGGAUUUCCAACUCAUCCAAAGUCUUAACGCAACUAGGAGAAAGUUCAACGACGAGCCAACGAAAUCUCAACAUAAGCGACGCUGAAACAGCCAAGGUACUAGGUUUGUGGUGGUGCACUUCCACAGACUCUUUCAAGUUCAUAUUAAAUCCAAUCAACAAUGGCAUGCUGCAGACGUACCGCAGGCCGACAAAGAGGGAAGUGCUCCGUGUACUAAUGUCAAUCUUCGACCCAUUAGGAUUGAUAGCAAAUUACACAAUCUACUUGAAGAUACUUCUGCAAGACAUUUGGAGAACACCAGUUGAAUGGGAUGAACCCAUAGGCGAUGAACACUUCACGCGUUGGCUACGAUGGAUCAAGCUUCUGAAACAAAUUGAAAUUAUUUCCAUUCCUAGAUGCUACUUGGACAAACUAAAAUUUGACGAUGAUAGUGAAACUCAAUUGCAUAUAUUUGUCGAUGCAAGUGACAAAGCGUAUGCCGCCGUUGCUUACAUCAGGGUGAGCUCAGGAGGCAAAGUCGAAUGCAGAUUGGUAGGAGCAAAGUCACGAGUGGCACCACUGAAGUUGGUUUCAAUUCCUCGACUCGAACUAGAAGCGGCGAGACUUGGAUGUCGUUUUUCCGCGUUCAUAAAAGAAAACCAUUCUAUCAAAUUAUCACGUUCGUACUUCUGGACAGAUUCACGCACCGUCUUAUGUUGGAUACGUUCAGAUCAUCGUCGCUAUCGCCAAUUUGUUGCCUUUCGUGUGGGAGAAAUAGUUGAAAAUACGAACAUCAAUGAUUGGAGAUACAUACCAACUAAAGUGAACGUUGCAGAUGAAUGUACUAAAUGGCAAAAAAGUCCAACAUUCGAAUCAUCCAGUCGGUGGUACCUUGGCCCAUCGUUUUUAAAACAUCCAGAAGAAGACUGGCCAGAUGACAUCCCAAAGACUAUCACAACAGAUGAAGAAGUCAAGAGUAAUCUGUUCAUCGACAAAUAUAAAUAUAGAUCUGAAUGCAUCAUAAACGUCAAACGAUUUUCAAAAUGGAAACGCCUACUACGAUCUCAGGUAUAUGUUUUCAGAUUUAUUUUUAAUUGCAGGUCGAAAAGAAACAAAGUGCCAAAACGUUUGGGAAUAAUUUCGAAAGAUGAGUACCAAGAAGCUGAAAACUAUCUUUAUCGCCAAGCACAACUGGAAUCAUAUACCAAAGAAGUAAGAAUUCUCGAGGCCAAAGACAACUUACCAUAUAAAGAGGGAAAAGGGCUUGAUGCAAGUAGCAACAUUUAUACUCUUUCACCGUAUUUAGACAACGACAAGAUCCUUCGCGUUCGUGGACGAAUUGAUGCUGCUGUUGGGGUAUCACUAGGCAUGAAAAGACCGAUUCUUCUCGAUAGACAGACUUACCUCGCCGGUCUUAUUAUUCAACACUAUCAUGAGCAAUAUCAUCAUUUGAAUAAUGAGACAGUAAUAAAUGAGUUACGCCAAAGGUUCUGGAUACCAAAGAUACGUGUCGCUGUUAAACAUGCAAUCAAAAACUGCCAGAUGUGCAAGAUUAAGAAAGCAGUUCCACAAGCACCGAUAAUGGGAGAUCUUCCAGCAGCAAGGCUCUCAACAUUCUCUCGGCCUUUUUCAUUUUCCGGAAUCGACUAUUUUGGCCCAAUGACAGUUGCAAUCGGAAGACGAACUGAGAAACGCUGGGGUGUGAUUAUCACUUGCCUAACAACACGAGCCAUCCACAUCGAACUGGCAAACAGUCUCUCGUCUGAUUCUUGCAUAUUGGCCAUAAAGCGUUUCACAGCUAGACGUGGAAUUCCAUUAGAAUUCUUCAGCGAUAAUGGCACUAAUUUCCACGGAGCUGACCGUGAACUUCAGCAAGCGGCAAGUAUAUCACAGAGCCUGGCUGCAGAAUUUACCUGUUCUACCACAAAAUGGACUUUCAUUCCCCCAUCAUCGCCUCACAUGGGAGGAAGUUGGGAGAGAAUGGUUCGAGCAACAAAAACUGUGCUGAAACAAGUUAUGCCAACACGCAAUCCAUCUGAUGAACUUUUACAUAGCAUGAUGAUCGAAGUUGAACGAAUCAUUAAUUGCCAUCCGUUGACAUACGUUCCAGUAGAGACUGAAAAUGAUGAGGCGUUAACACCAAACCAUUUCCUUCUUGGAUCAUCCGAUGGAAGCAAAGUUGACAGUAUACCAACUGAAGAAGGAAUACUCUUGCGAAAAAAUUGGAUGAAAGUACAGCAAUAUGCCAAUAUCUUCUGGAAGCGAUGGAUCAAUGAGUACCUUCCUACUCUCACCCGCAGGACUAAAUGGCAUGCACCAACAAAACCCAUUGAGAAGGGAGAUAUUGUUAUCGUCGUAGAUGAUUCUAACCCGAGAAAUCUGUGGCCGAAAGGACGAAUACUGGACACAGUCAUCAGCAAGAAUAGUGGACAAGUCCGACAAGUCACCGUACAGACAAAUUCUGGAAUCUACGUUCGCCCAGCAGUUAAAAUAGCCGUUCUUGAUGUUUUUAAGGAUGGUAAGCCAACGAAGGACGUCGUCGUACCGGAGGGGAGUGUUGGCAAUACUGCCACCACAUCAAAAACGCCACCAAGCAGCGAACUUUUGAACCUCCAGCUGAUAUGA